GCUUUUAGCGCCCCCCACUCGAACCCCAAACCUCUGCUAAAGGUCUCGGAGUUUCAGAGAGUGUUUUCUCGUACAUGGAGAAAUCGUUGGUGACCCUUGAAAGGGGGACGGUCUGCUCGGCGUGGAACUACUGUGGUCAGAGACUUGCCACUGGGUCCGACGACGGAACCCUAACCAUCUUCGACUCGCGGGAUCCAGCUUCUUCUUGCUCCUUCACCUGCACUUCCAAAUCGAGGGUACAUGAGACCAGCAUUGUGAAGGUUGUUUGGGUUCCUCCAGAAUAUGGUGAUGCAGUCGCAUGCGUUUGUAUGGAUGGAACUGUGUCAUUGUGGGAGGAGGUCGUAGAAGAUGCACAACCUCUUCAAUGGAAGCUGUGCAAAAGCUUUAAGAGCAACUCAGCUAAAGUGCUAGAUAUCCAAUUUGGAAUCUCUUCUACAAGUUUGAAAAUGGUUGCUGCAUAUUCAGAGGGGCAUGUGAAAGUCUAUGAGCUCCUGGAUUCCUUGGAGCUAAAGAAUUGGCAACUUCAGGCUGAAUUUCAGAAUGUUAUUGAGUCGGUCUCUACAUUUAGCAAGGCUUUGUGCUUAUCUGCAUCUAUAUCUUGGAAUCCACAAAGAGGUGAAAGCCAGGAAUCAAGUUUUGUUUUGGGUUUCAAUUCAGAUACGCCACAACUGAAUUCCUCCAAGGUAUGGGAAUUCGACCAGGCUCACCAAAGAUGGCUUCCAGUUGCAGAGUUGGCUUUGCCUGAGGACAAAAGUGAUCAGGUUUAUGCUGUUGCUUGGGCAACAAACAUUGGCAGACCAUAUGAAGUAAUAGCUGUUGCAACUCGCAAGGGAAUUGCAAUAUGGCAUCUUGGAUUGGACCCUGACGCAGAUGGAAGGCUCUCAGUGGAGAAAGUCGCAAUGCUCUCCAGUCACGAAGGCGAGGUAUGGCAGAUGGAAUGGGACAUGAGUGGAAUGACCUUGGCAACCACAGGAAAUGACGGGGUGGUACGAUUGUGGCAGUCUAACUUGAAUGGCAUUUGGCAUGAACAGGCUUCAUUUGAGCCCUCUUCUUAGGCUCUUGCAUAUUUUCUCUCUAGUCCUUGCUGUUGUUUUCCUAUAUUCAUUAUCUAGGAAUCAGUCCUGCCAAAGUGUACCUUGUGAUCAUGAAGUUCAAAACAAGCAGAAGGUUGAUUAACAACCUGGAACACACUUCAACCCAUUUCCUAAAUGAAGGCAUCCUUGUCAUC